AUGUACAGCCUGUACUGGCUCUACAAUAGAACUGUAUCCGAUGUCCACCACAUCAAGUGUAUCUUGAAGCGACGUAUCCAAAGAUCCGAUGUGUCAUUCGCCAUUAUUCUCCUGUGCAGCACGAUGUCGCUGAGGCUCUCGCUCUCUUCUUACCUGGGCCUUCUACUGCUGGCCAGUACGUUAGCCUUGGCGAUCGCCAUCGCUCAGAGCGUGCCAGAGGUGGACGUACUGAACGAUCAGGCCAGUCCCUUCAGCCCCGACAACCUGGAGGAGCUCGCCAACAUCGCCGGCCAGAGAGAACAAGUCCUCACGGGCGACGUCGACGAAGAUCUACUUGACGGUGAAGAAGCCAUCAUCGCUGCAGUACCUGUCAGCGAGCCGGACACGUUCCUCCCGAUGGAUGAGCACAGCGAAGAGGUCGUGGAGUUGGUCAAGCAGUUCAUGACUCAGUACGAGGAGGAGGUGGGGCGUACGGCUCUCAAAGCCUCUAUACUACAAGUACUGAAAGCCGAGACGACAGAGCCACGCGAGGAAGUACAGGAGAUCGAGAUCGGUACAGGACUAGGAGAAGACAACAACCUGAAGCUCGUGGAGACCGACAUGAGUCAGAUCAUGAGAGUCUUCUUGCUAGUAGACUACGGGUUCCAGUCCAGUAUGAUGGACUCCAAGCGGCCGUACGUGUCUGUACUGCGGUUAACCAUGGACUGUGUCAACGACACCAUCGCCGACGAGGAAGAAAUGCAGUGUGAUCUACUGGAACACUUAGACCUACCUCGACAGCGAGGACAAGUGGGCAAGGCGAUCGAACGCACGAUCGCCGACGCUGCCCCCGCUUCCUUCCUGGCUACUCACUCUCUCCAUGUAAAAUACGACGCAGUAGAGCUGCAAGAUAUCGCUACAGACACUGAGACUAUGACCCACGUGCGAUACCGCGUGGCAGACACCAGUGGCAAGUUUAGUCAGGACGACUGCAUGAUGGUCAUCCUACAAGCUCGUGGCGUCAACACACUCAUGUAUAAUGAUACAAUCUGCUUCGACAGUGCAGCCAAGUCGGCUGUCAUGGUCGCGUACGAGUACGCGUCCAACAAUUUACCAGUCAGCGCUCUGCUCUUCGCAGCCGUCUGUGGUGCUGUAGUUGCUACCGUCGUCUUGAUCCGUCACCGUCGUAAGAGCCAACGCUUUGGGUACUCGUACGUCCGCUCCAAGAAGCCGUCGCACGUGCCGAUACAAAGCACUGCAGUCAAGUACGUCGAUGCCGAGUCGCCAGCCAUUGCCUGCUAAGCCUGUAUAUUCGUCUACUGCACUUCCUUUCUAGUUUGCCAGUAUUUGGCAUAAGAUUUCUCGUGUUUGGCCAGUUUCUUGGCGAGUUUCU